AUGAAAGCAGCCCAAUGGAUGGGUACACGAAAUAUAGAGCUCGGAGUUGUCCCCAAGCCCACCAUCACCGAUCCCCACGACGCCAUCGUCCAUGUCACACACACGACCAUCUGCGGGUCCGACAUUCAUCUGUACGAAGGAGACCUAAACGAUGCCAUGGAAAGGGGCGAUAUCCUAGGUCACGAGGCAAUCGGAUUUGUGGAGGAGGUGGGUUCCGAAGUGCAAAAGAUCCAGGUGGGAGACAGGGUCAUUAUACUACCCAUCAUUGCGUGCGGGAACUGCCAAUACUGCAAGCGACAGGAGUUCUCGCUUUGCGAUGCAACCAACCCAUCCGAGAAGAUGGAAAAGACGUACGGGCACCGCAUCUCAGGGAUCCUGGGCUAUACCCAUUUCCGUGGUGGUUAUGCGGGGAAUCAAGCCGAGUACUGUCGCGUUCCUAUUGCGGAUAUGACUUGCAUCAAGGUGCCAAAGGAACUAGAUGCGAAGAAACUCCUCGCGUUAUCUAACGUAAUUCCAUCUGCAUGGCAUGCCUGCGAGCUCGCCCAAGUAGGAGACGGUGACAUUGUUGGGGUCUGGGGAUGCGGACCUCUGGGUCUCUCAAUUCAGCAGUUGGCACGCCUCCGGGGCGCCAGCAAGGUGUACGGGAUGGAUAAAGAUCCACACCGGCUCCGUCUCGCAAAAUACUUUGGCAUGAAUCCAGUUGACGUAGCCGCGCAUCCGGAAGUAGCUGACUAUAUCCUGUCGAUCGAGCCGCAUGGGAUGGACAAGAGUAUCGAGGCUAGUGGAUUCCGAAGCACGCAGAAACCGGCCCAUGCGGCACAGCGUGCUCUUGGUCUGGAACGUGAUAGCUGCGACACGAUAUCUGCCAUCCUCAAGGCUACUCGAAAGGGUGGCAAGAUCGCGUUGGUGGGAGAUUUCUUCUUCACCACCAAUGAUUUUCCAAUUGGGAUGUUGAUGCAGAAGAGCUUGACAGUGCAAGGAGGCCAAGUUCCAGCUCAAAAGUAUUAUCCCUUCUUGCUGGACCUGGUUGUUCAAGGAAAGUAUGACCCGUCCUGGGCGUUCACAGCUGAAGAUGAGUUUGAGAAUAUUGCUGAGGACUAUCGCAAGGCCUCGCGACACGAGAUUGCAGGAGGACUGAAAGUGUGUUUAGUGACGGAGUUUGGACGUAGAUCAUAG